AUGUCUGCAGAAGCGCCAGCCAAGCAGAGCUGGCUGAGUGUCAUUGUUGGCUGCUGCGGAAGACGUCGGACAAAGAAGGCUGAGGAGAAUGAGCCAUCGUCGCAGCCAGCGGCAGGGAACACGAUCGCUACGAGUUCGACUGCACAGACCUCAAUUGUUCAGAAUUCCAAUGCGCGGGAGGAGGUCACAGCGGAUGGAGACAAAUGGGUGGUGCCGGGCGUUGGCAAAUUUACCCAUCGAGCUCUGUACACGUUUCAAGGACAUUCGCUGCCUGAUGGUCUCAAAAAGAGUAACUACAGUGUUUACUGCAAGAAUGCGGGCGACAUUCCCUUCAACGAGCGAUAUGACCCGGCGAACGUUCGCUGCUCCAGAGGACUCCUCCGCUUGACAGUUCCAGGAGGUCAGAAACCCUCGAAGCAGACUGGGUACGCGGUGAGCUGCGCAGAGGUGACGACCGUAGAGGAGAACAUUCUGUACGGGAGCUUUCGAACCACUGCCGUCUUCAGCACAGAACCUGGCACCUGUCAUGGCAUCUUCUUCUACAAGAACGACACUCAGGAGUGUGACAUCGAAUACGUGACCGAUCCGACCUCCUUAUCAAACAACGGUCCCAACGCUCCAAUACCCCUUUGGUACACGAACCAAGCCGUGGAUCCCACAAAGAUGGACAAAUCAUGCGAAAGCGGACCAGCCCCGUCUGAUUGCACGACUCGCGCCCACGAGUAUCGAAUUGACUGGACCGCCGACUACACGGCUUUUUACAUAGACGGCGUGUGCCAGAAAAACUUCACCAACAACAUUCCAAACGUGCCUGGUCAAUUGGUCUGGAAUAACUGGGCCAAUGGUGACAAAGGUUGGUCAGUUGGUCCGCCGAACCACGACAGCGUUUUCAAGAUCCAGAGAAUCGCCAUGUACUACGACACGGCAAGCAAGUCAGGUGACUCUUCAUAA